UGCUCCUGCUUCAGCUGCUCGCGCAUGGAAUGACUGUAAGGACACACAUCAAGAGGAUCUUUUAACAUGUUAUGAGAUCUAUCAACUGCUGAAAGCACACCAGAGAAACACACAUCAGGCUUUGGCGAUGCAGUGUUUGCGUGGCUAGUGCUUGACAACAAGCCAUAAUUUCCUUUUGGAUACUUUGGAUACUUUCCUCUCGGUUUCAUCGAGCUCUUGUCCAAAUAUUGUUUUAGUAAUGGCAUUUGCCAUGCUGCGGCCCAUAGCUACUCAUCUAGCGUACUCGGAUGUUGCCAUGAUGUCCGAGGAUGAGGAAAACCGCAGCGAGAGCGACGGCAGCUCGGAGCAGAGCUACGGUUGCUGUCCCAGCGCGGAGAAGCGGCGGAGGAUGUCACGCAAGUCCACGGUGAGCAGUGUGGUUAUAGUAAAGCAACGGAACGCAGCGAACGCGCGGGAACGUGAUAGAACGCAGAGCGUCAACACGGCUUUCACGGCGUUACGGACUCUUAUUCCCACCGAGCCGGUGGACAGAAAGCUGUCAAAGAUUGAGACUCUGCGCUUAGCCUCCAGUUACAUCUCACAUCUGGCCAAUGUGCUCCUGAUAGGGGAUGGAGGAGAGGACGCGCAGCCGUGCGUGAGCGCGGUGUACAGCGCGCAGGGGGACAGCGGAGGAAAGCAGCCACGCACCAUAUGUACUUUCUGCCUCAGCAGCCAGAGAAAAGGGAUAAAAGAUGGGAAUGACUGCGUCCGCAUGCGGGGAAUCGCUUCAUUGCGCGUCACACGCCGGUAGCAGCAGCAGCAGCAGCGCGUGAGAUGAAACCGCCACUCAGGGAGCGCGAGAGGUGAGCGAGACUCCUCGCGACGGAGAUUCUCGGAAGACUCGCCAUUCAAACAAGCGUUGAUUUUAAAUUUUGUACUUUUCUGUGUGUGUUUUGUAUAGAGAUAUGAACAUUUAAAAUGCAGUGCAUAAAAUAUUUUUUUUUCUUUUUCGUUUUCUUUUUUAAAAAGAGAAUUUAUACAUUUUAUACACAAACUGUGAGAACACCAUGGUGAAAUAAAAUAUAUUUUUUUCAAAUUUUAAAUGUCCUCUGUCAGUUAUGUGGAUGGCACAUGAAAAAAGAAGCACUUUUAUAAAUGUUUUGGGUUGAAAGGAUUUUUCUUUAAAUUUUAUUUUUCCAGUAAAUCUGCUGACCAAUAGAAGACGAUGCUUAGAAUUAAGCAUCAAUUCAUUUUUCAUUAAUUCAUAUUUAUAGCACAAAAAUUCAUCUCAGUGGGAUUUUAACAUAAUAACAUUUAUAGCAUAUGGAUGAUUAAACUUCGGAAAUAAAGACCUUUGCCCAAUUGCUAGAGCAUUUAUAAUGAUUUUUGUUGCUUUUCUGGUUUUGUAUCUCUUCAGGGUUAAAAAAACAAAUAGGCCUACAAAAAAAGAUGGAAGAACAGUUGUGGGCUCAGGAGAUUUAGGCAGGGUUUCAAGUCAAUCAGUCAUCUGAAACUAAACAUUAAUUCAAAUUCAGAUAAAACUCAUUAAUCAUCUCUUUACAUAACUAUUAACUCCUCUCAUUCUCUGUGUGGUCCUUUUCUCAUUGUUUAGUUGGUUUGUAACUUCUGUAAAGGACAGAAACCAAAUGCCUGACUUUUUAAAUUCUUUUAUAUCUCUCAUUCUGUCUCCAUGUGUUUUUGAAAUCUGGGAUGUAUUAGUCACGGUAAAUACUACCCUUCGGUCAGCACGGGGACCUGCUGCAGCUGUGCAUCUGUGAGCUGCAUAAAUCACCAUGAGGGUCAGCUUGGAAAGUGGGGUGGGGGUAAUAUAGAGCAAGAGAAAGUGUAAGAGGGGGGAUUGAUAAAGAGAAAGCAGUGUCGAAGGUCUGGGUGAAGAUUAAGCAAGCUCUUGGAUGAAGGUCAUAGGUUACUGUACAUACAAGUUGAGUGGGUGUUUUAAAAUCACAGUCAAAAAUAGAUCUAUAAUUGUUAAUAUCCCAAUUCUGUGAACUUAUAUAAAGAAACUAACCUUGGGUGAACUGGUUGAGAAAGGAAAACCUUAAAUAACCCAAGAGACAUCAAAUAUGUUGUGUCUGAUCUCUCCUCCACUGCUCUAGAUUUAAAGCUGUUGUUUGUUCCAUCCCA